AAUACAGUCAUGGCCAUGUUCAGACGAAUACUACAAAUGACUCCUGGCAAAGGAGGCUCUCAGAAUGCAGAAUCAGAGCAGCCCAGCAGCACCGACCUCAACCAUGACCAGAAACCUGAUCAGACAUCUGAGGGUUUCAUCUGUCCUCAGUGCAUGAAGUCUCUCAACUCUGCAGAGGAGCUUUGCAAACACUACGAGCUGUUCCACGACACAGGAGACCUCCCUGCUCACAUGGCCCCUACUCGUGAAGACCUUACAAUGUUGCGGCAGGAGGUUCAGGACCUGCAUGCUUCUCUCAAGGAGGAGAGAUGGUUCUCUGGAGAGCUAAAGAAGGAAUUAGACAAAGUUCAAGGACAUCUGAAGCCAAACGAUGGGCAGAUGAGCUCAGAGGAUGCAGUUCUGGAAAGGAAGCUGGUUGAAGCUGAGACGGAGAAGUUCAACAUUAAACAGAUGAAAGACCUGUUUGAGCAAAAGGCGGCACAGCUGGCCACUGAGAUAGUAGACUUGAAGUCUCGUUAUGAUGAGGAGAAAAGCCUGAGGGAGGCUGCUGAUCAGAGGCUUGUCCAUUUGAUGGAACAGCUGCAGACAGAGAAGCAGGCCAACGAGAGACUCCAGACUGAACUGCUGCAGCGACCGGGAGUGGAGGACGUGGAGGUCCUGCAGAAGGAGCUGGUGCAGGUUCAGACUCUGAUGGACUCCAUGACCCGUGAAAGGGAGGAGGAGUCCGAACGCCUCCGAAGCCAUUAUGCAGAGCUGCAGGCUAACUACACUACCUCAGAGAUUCAAAAACUUCAGACGACUAUUUCUCAACUCAAAGCGGAGCUGGAGAAGGGCCCACAGGAAGCAGCCGUGUAUACGCAACAGAUCCACCAGCUGCAGAGCAAUCUGAAUAAUUUGCAGCAACAAUGUCAGAGUCUGUCUGAAAAGCUUUCACGUAGGGAGAAGGAGUAUCAAAAACUAGAGGAGCACCUAGGAGCUGAGAAAUCUGCCAAGAAGGAGGUCCAGGACAGCCUGAGGGAGAGGGAGUCGGAGGUGCAGGAGCUGCAGGCUCGGGCCGCGGGGGCCGAAGCCUCCCUGCAGAAGGCCUCGGCCGAGCUCACAGAGAGGGCCGAGGAGGUGGCCAAGUUCAAGAGUGAGGUCGCAGCGCUGGAGGUGAAGAACGCAGAGAUGAAGGUGGAGAGGAAACAGUUGGAGCAGCAGAGGGAAGAAAAAGAAAGUAAAGGUGCUCAGCAGCAGACUGAGAUCAGUCAGCUGCACACCAAACUCCUGGAGGCUGAGCGGCAGGUGGGCGAGCUGCAGGGUCGUCUGAAGGAGCAGAGGCAGCUGUCAGGGGAGAAGCUGAAGGACCGCGAGCAGCAAGCAGCCGACCUGCAGCUCAAACUCUCCCGGGCAGAAGAACAGCUGAAGGAGAGCUGCAGUAAGAGCACAGACCUGCAGCACCAGCUGGAGAAAGCCAAGCAGCAGCACCAGGAGCUGCAGGCGCUGCAGAAAAACACCAACGGCAAACUGCGGGAGGCGCAGAACGACUUGGAGCAGGUGCUGCGUCAGAUUGGAGAUAAAGAUCAGAAGAUCCAGAACCUGGAAGCUCUGCUUCAGAAGAGUAAAGACAUUGUGAGUCAGCUGGAAGCUGAGAGAGAGGACCUGUGUGCCAAAAUCCAGGCUGGGGAGGGAGAGACAGCAGUCCUUAACCAGCUCAAAGAGAAGAACCACGCUCUACAGGAGCAGGUGACACAGUUGACUGACAAGCUGAAGAACCAAUCAGAGAGCAACAAGCAAGCUCAGGAUAACUUGCACAAACAGGUCCAGGAGCAGAAGACUCUGCUGCGUUCAGCCCAGGACCGAGCUCAGACCCUGGAGACGUCCGUCACCGAGCUCACCGCUCAGCUCACAGACACCAAGGAGAAAGUCGCACAGCUGGAUGCUCAGCUGAAGGCAAAAACCGAGCUGCUGCUGUCUGCAGAAGCAGCCAAGGCUGCACAGAAAGCCAACCUGGAGAACAACCUGGAGGCUGCUCAGCACGCCCUGCAAGACAAACAGCAGGAACUGAAUAAAGUUCAGAAGAACGUUGAGGAGAAGGCCCAGAGGCUCAAGGAGAGACAGGAGCAGUGUGCUCAGCUGGAAACCAGUCUGAAGGAAUGUAAAGACAAACUACUGGCCUCAGAGCAGCGAGCUGAGCAGCUGGAGGGGCUCAAUAAGAAACUGGAGUCGCAGCUAGCAGAAGCCCAAACCGUGCGGGAUCAGGUGCAGCAGGAGGUGCAGAAACUGCAGAAGGAGAAUUCAGAGGUUAAACGGAAAGGAAAGGAGCUGCAGCGCUGCCUGGAAACUGAGAAGGAUGGCACUAAAACUCUUCAAGAGGAAUUAAAGAAAAAAGCUGCAGCUUUGAGUGACAUCCAGCAGUGUCUGGAGCGCUGUGAGCAGGAGGCGGCUGCUCUGAAGGGGAAUCUGGACAAGGUGACCCAGGAAGGAAAGGAUCAGCGCACAGAGCUGGACAGGAAGGCUCAGAGUCUGGCUGUGGAGCUGCAGAAGGUCCAGCAGGAGAAAGAAGCUCAGAGGAAGGAGCUUGUUGCUGCUAAGGAGAGCUUGGAAAAGACUAGCAAGGCACUGAAAGAGAGUCGAACUCAACUGGACUCAGAGAGGAAGAACCAUAAAUCAGCCAUGGACGAGAAGGAGAAGUCUAAUGAAAAAACAAAGCAGGAGCUUUUCAAAACGAACGAGUCCAUCACAAAAGCAAUGAAGGAAACCCAGGAGCAGCUGGGGCAGAUGAGAGAGGCAGAGAAAAAGUUGAAGGUGCAGCUGACAUCCGUGGAGCAGCAGCACUCAAAGACUCAGGGAACACUGAAGGUGAAGGAGACGGAGUUGGAGAGAAUACAGACGGAGCUGAAAACCAUUAAGGGCUCUUUAGAGGAGGAGGUGAAGAAGCUGCGGGGCCAAGUGACAGAGCUGCAGGACGCCUGCGUCAAGAAGGCAGAAGAAGAAAGUAAACUGAGAGCUCGGGUGUCGGAGCUCACCCAGGAGGUAACGUCUGAGAAGAGCCGGACAGCAGAGCUGCAGAAAGCCUCGAAGCAAAACCAGGAAAUCUUUACCAAGCUGCAGUCCGACUUUUACGGCAAAGAAUCUGAGGUUUCUGCUCUGCGGCAAGACCUCAAGACGUCGGAGGACAAACUGAACGUGACCCAGGAGGAGCUGGCUGCUAACAUAAGCCAUCAGACGGGUUUAGAGGCUCAGAUCCAGGAUCUGAAAGCGGGUCGCAGCUUGUUGGAGCAGAAGCUCUCCAAACGAGAUCAGGAGCUCCAACGGCAGGAACAAAGCGUGAAGGAGCUCCAGGAGCAGCAGGGUCGGGCUAACGAGGCGCUGCAGGAGGAGAGAAACAAGAUGGAGGAGCUGAACAGCACCAAGGUUGUUCUGGAAAAACAUGCAACAAGACUAUCGUCUGAGCUAAAAAGUCUUACAGAGAAGAGCGGGAGGGAGCUGGGCGAGCUGCGGGAAGCCAAACAGCUGCUGAUCCAGCAGAAGCUGGAGCUGCAGGGUCAGCUGGAGGCAGCUCAGGGAACCCUCAAACAGGAGCAGAAAGACCACCAGGCCACCAGGGACAGCAGGAGCAAGAGAGAGGAGCAGCUCCUCAACCAAACAAAGGAAGUCCACGAUCAGCUGGCGGCAGAGAAGCGAGCCAGGGAAGAGCAGGUGAAGCGCGGCGAAGAGGCCGAGGUGAAGCUGAGCGUGCAGGUGACGGCGCUCAACGAGAACGUGGCCACGCUGAAGAGGGAGUGGCAGAGCAGCCAGAGGAGGGUGGGCGAGCUGGAGAAACAGACGGACGAGCUGAGAGGAGAGAUCGCCGUGCUGGAGGCCACGGUCCAGAACAACCAGGACGAACGGCGGGCUCUUCUGGAAAGGUGUGUGAAAGGAGAAGGGGAGAUGGAGAAGCUGCAGACCAAAGUGAUGGAGCUCAGGAGGAAGCUGGACGAUACAACAGCAGCCAUGCAGGAGCUCGGCAGAGAGAACCAGUCGCUGCAGAUCAAACAGUCACAGAGUUUGACCAGGAAGUGGGCUGAGGACCACGAGGUGCAGAACUGCAUGACCUGUGGGAAAGGCUUCACGGUCACCGUCAGAAAGCACCACUGCCGACACUGCGGGAACAUUUUCUGCGCCGAGUGCUCGUCGCGGAACGCCCUGACACCGUCCUCCAAGAAGCCGGUGCGGGUGUGCGAGACGUGUUUCGAGGAGCUCCAAGGCUGAUGGGCGUUUAAUUUUAUUAAUCCUCCUCAUGUCAUCCCCUUAACCCCCCUCCAUACUUUUCUCUAUUCCAACGAGGAGUCUGUCAUUUUUAACGUGCACUAUAAAUGAUAAACCAAGUACGCCGACUCCCAUCGGACUUCUGGUUCUGACGUUCUACUGAGGUGACGCCAGAAUCACGUGAUGGGACGAGAUCGAUUUGUUUGUAUCUGUUUUUGUGCCUUUGCUACUCCUGUGGACCGCCAGAGAGCGGAACCAGUGAGAAUGAACCAUCGUCCAUCUCUUUAAACUCGUAUCCAUCGCUGUCGUCAGCACACGGUGUUAAACGUCUGCAGAAGUCUUUAUUGUAACCGUGGAGAGGAACUCUGCCCGUUACUUUAAUAUUUGAUUCUAACCCAGAACUGAUCAGUCACUUGAAAGUCCUCGCUUUAAUUAAAAAUAAUGAUUUUUUAUAUUAAAAUUUCAUUUAAAUAAUGAGGUAAUUAUGUGUAGU